AUGCCGAAGAAAGGCAAGAAAGGAUCGCGUUCGGCCGCACCGCCUUCGGACAUCGGCGCGGCUGAGCCGAACGUGAUUGACCCAUUCGUAGAUGACAACGGCUUCGACCUGGCUGACGAGCUGCUUGCCGCUCUCGAUGAAAGAGAUGCUCAAAGCGCUGCAUCGACCAGUGCGGCUCAACCGAUUUCGUCCGCAGGCAAUAAGCCAACACCCUCCGAGUCGAGUAGCAAGACGGAGUCGACACACACCGGGUUGCGAGGAGCUGGAGAGCGUCUGAUCAACGGGCUACGUCACCACGGUCACGACCACAGCGACGCAGCAGAUCAAGACCCUGCUCAACUCACCGGUACUAGUCCAAGCCAGAGGCGAAACUCGAUACGCAAGCUGUUCGGCGGCAGCGAUAAGAGCGCAGAGGCGUCACCAUUAGACACGGCACCGAUGAAGAAAGUCAGCCGUCAGCAGCAGCGGAAGGAUCGCAAGGCAGCUGAGGCGGCAGAGAUGCGCAGACAAGCCGAGGAAGAAGUGAGGCUAGGCGGAGACAAACCGGACGAGGCAGAAAUGGAACGAAAGGGCAUCUCGUCCAUGUGUGCCGCGCUUGGCGUCUCGAUGCACGAGAUCAAUCCGGACGGUCAUUGCCUCUACGCUGCCGUCGCCGACCAGCUCAACCUGCGAAGGAAAGUGGACACUCCGACCGACUACAAAGCCGCGCGAAGAGCAACAGCGCAAGAGAUGCGCACGCAUCCCGACGAGUACAAACCCUUCAUCUCGGACUCGGACGAGCACAUGGCGGGCAUCGUCAACAAGGAAGCGGGCACGCUCAAUAGCGAGCAGGCACAGGAAAGACACUUUCUCGACUAUUGCAGCGCCGUCGAGAAUACAGGCGUGUGGGGCGGCCAACCCGAGAUUUUGGCUCUGUCCAGAGCCUUUCACACCCAGAUCAACGUGGUCCAGUCGGGCGUACCGGUGCUCAAGGUGGGAGAGGGAGAGUACGAUGGAGAGCCACUGUUCAUCUCUUAUCACCGAAAGAUGUAUGGGCUGGGCGAGCACUACAACUCGCUCCGACCUGCGUCGGCAGCGUAG